AUGUCUGGCACUCCCCUAUUCUGUGCGGCACGAUAUGGCAACCUAGAUCUUGUCAAAACUCUACUGGGAAAAGGAGCAGAUGCUAAGGUGCGAGGGUUCAAUAACUCGGGCAUUCUCUACGUGGUUGCCCUCGGCGUGACAAAUGAGACCACAGCGAUCAUCGACUUCCUUGUUAAGGAGGGUGCCGACAUCCGGGAUCGUGGAGGGCUAUGGGGAUCCCCUUUAAACGCCGCUGUUGCAAGGCGCCAUGAAUAUGAUGGCCUCGAUAUCGUAAAUCAUCUAGUCAAGCUAGGUGUUUCGGUUGCCGACCAAGACGACCAAGGCCGCUGUGCAAUCCACAUCACAGCGACAAAUGAAGGGACCCAGGAAAGCUUUGCCACGCUCCUAGAGAAGGACCCGGAUGGUUUGACGCGUCAUGAUAAGCAAGGAAGGACAGUCGUACAUCAUGCGGCCACCUGGGGCAACAUUAAAGCUUUGCGACAUAUAGUAGAGCUUGUCAACUUGGAAGAUCGCAUAAAGGAGAUGUUUUCACAGCCGGAUAACCACGGGUGGACGCCUCUUAUGUGGGCCGGGAAACAAGAACACGAUACCGUUGUCAUGUUUCUUAUGGAUAACGGAGCCUCUAACGUAUCAAGAGCGCAUAAUAACUGGACGGCGGACGAUGUCGCCCGGUUCCAUCGCCAGAAGAACGUGAACUCGCGAGUGGCGGCCGCGAGGAGACGACGCACCAGCAGACGCCGCACUGCUGCUUCUGCUAGCAGUUUUGAUUCACUGAAUUCGUACUACCUGUCCACUGACUCAAUUCGUACCUCUGAGUCGAGCGCAGAGAGCGAUAUCGAGUCAGCCAGGAAGCUCCCGCUGUUUAAGGAUGGCAAGCCUACUCGUGGGGGCACUCGCACGGCUUGGGCCUGUGAUGGGUGUAUAACCAGUGUAUAUGGCUCAGUGUCCAAGUGUCAGCAGUGUGAAAACUUCGACUUCUGCUUCAAAUGUGCCUGA